UGUCAUUCGCAGACAGCUCGUUGGCGGCGUUGCGCAGGCUCAUUUUCGUAAAAAGUCCUAGUGGAGUGUUACUAAUGAACAAAAGUUGAAUGGUUUUGGUCGAAUUGAUCAGUUAAUAUUAUAGUUAGGAUAGUGAAAUCUCAAUAAAUCAAAAUGGGAAUCAAAUUCCUCGAAGUUAUAAAGCCGUUUUGCAGCAUAUUGCCAGAAAUAGCAAAACCAGAAAGGAAGAUCCAAUUCAGGGAGAAAGUACUAUGGACAGCGAUUACAUUAUUUAUUUUCUUAGUAUGCUGUCAGAUUCCCCUAUUCGGCAUAAUGUCGUCAGACAGUGCGGACCCCUUCUACUGGAUCCGAGUGAUCCUGGCUUCGAACAGAGGAACGCUCAUGGAACUCGGUAUCUCUCCCAUCGUCACAUCCGGCCUCAUCAUGCAACUCCUCGCCGGGGCCAAGAUCAUUGAAGUUGGUGACACUCCCAAAGACAGGGCUUUGUUCAACGGUGCACAGAAAUUGUUUGGUAUGGUCAUCACAGUGGGUCAAGCGAUCGUGUACGUAAUGACCGGAAUGUACGGAGAACCCAGUGAGAUUGGUGCCGGUGUGUGCCUGCUCAUCAUCAUCCAGCUCUUCGUUGCUGGUCUGAUUGUGUUGCUGCUUGAUGAACUUCUGCAGAAAGGUUACGGUCUGGGCUCUGGUAUCUCUCUGUUCAUCGCCACCAACAUCUGCGAGACCAUCGUCUGGAAGGCAUUCUCCCCAGCAACCGUCAACACUGGUCGCGGCACAGAGUUCGAGGGCGCCGUCAUAGCGCUGUUCCACCUGCUGGCCACGCGACCAGACAAGGUGCGCGCGCUGCGCGAGGCCUUCUACCGCCAGAACCUGCCCAACCUGAUGAACCUUCUCGCCACAGUCCUCGUCUUUGCUAUCGUCAUAUACUUCCAGGGCUUCCGCGUGGACCUCCCCAUCAAGUCGGCGCGCUACCGCGGCCAGUAUUCCUCAUACCCCAUCAAGCUGUUCUACACCUCCAACAUCCCCAUCAUUCUGCAGUCCGCUCUCGUCUCUAAUCUCUACGUCAUUUCUCAGAUGUUGGCGGUGAAGUUCAGCGGCAACUUCCUGGUGAACCUGCUGGGCGUGUGGGCGGACGUGGGCGGCGGCGGGCCGGCCCGCGCCUACCCGGUGGGCGGCCUGUGCUACUACUUCAGCCCGCCGGAGUCGCUGGCGCACAUCGCACACGACCCCGUGCACGCCGUGCUCUACAUCAUCUUCAUGCUGGGCUCCUGUGCGUUCUUCUCCAAGACCUGGAUCGAUGUAUCAGGCUCCUCGGCUAAGGAUGUGGCGAAACAGCUGAAGGAGCAGCAGAUGGUGAUGCGCGGCCACCGCGACAACUCCAUGAUCCACGAGCUGAACCGCUACAUCCCCACGGCGGCGGCGUUCGGCGGCCUCUGCAUCGGCGCCCUGUCCGUGCUAGCAGACUUCCUCGGCGCCAUCGGCUCCGGGACCGGUAUCCUCCUCGCCGUCACCAUCAUCUACCAGUACUUCGAGAUCUUCGUCAAAGAACAAGCCGAAAUGGGCGGCAUGAGCACGCUUCUCUUCUAAACUUAAUUUAGAGACGCUUACGAACACAACUCUAUGUCGAGUGAUAUAAAGUUGUGUCCGAAUGCAUGUGUGCGUGGCGUGUGGGUUAUGUGCUAUUUAUAUGAGAUAAACUUUAUAAUAAAAUAAUUUACGACAAGUACACACGUUGUUUUUAUCGAUUAUCGAAUCCUAGAGUCGACUUAAUAUCGAUAGUCGCGUCGUCGGCAUUUAAAUCUGUAUAUUUUUGAAAUCCUUCCAGUAUAGAAACAGUGUUUCCUUUUUAUAUUGUUGUUUCUAGUGAUAAGUUAACGAUCCAACUUUGUUAAGCCUACCUUACAAAACUUAAUUUAUCUUUUAAGUUCGUGUUGGAUUUGUAACAUUGUAAUAAAAUAGUGUAUAUUUUGUGUUGUGAAUAUUGUUGUUUGCAUAUCAUGCACAUACAUUCUGUUCUGCUCUCCAGAGUGCUAUAUGUGUAGAUUAGUUCUCUUCCACAUGACAGAAUCAGUAAAUAAAUUUAUAAAUUAA